AGAAGAUGUGCUGCUCAGGUGGCCCAGGUGGUAUCAGGUUGACCGGAUGCGGCGUGAUAUGCGGUCUCGCCGCGCUGGCAGCCCUCGGCGUCGCCCUUUCGGGUCCAACCUGGCUUCACACCGAGGAAAAGCUUACCGUGCCAGAUGUAUCGAAAAAUUCUGCAGUUAGUGUGAAGUUCAAGCUGGGACUUUUCAGAGUUUGCUCGACGAUCGUGAAUCCCUCCAAUCUGACGUUGCAUAUUGCAACCUUUCCGUUACCGCCGCCUUGUAGUUACGUGAGGUACAGCAGCCUGGAAGACGUGAAGCCGAAGGAGUUGGGCUUCCCUCAAUUAGAAUUCACGCCCACGGUCGUCUCAAAAAUACGGAUCUCCGCACCGUUCCAAGUGGUCGCCGCGAUCCUGAUUCUUGCCGCAACAGUGUCGGCUAUGAUCGGCCAUUGUUAUUCCGAUCAUAGGACCCUCGUAGCCUGCGGACUUUUCCUUCUAAGCGGACUUUCCUUAGGCGGCGGGUUGAUAGUUCUGGCAUCAGCAUUGUCGGACGCAUCACUGGAGUUACCGGGGAAAUACAGUUUGCCGUCAACUGCCGGCAUGCAAAUGGACGAUAACGGUCUACCUCAGUACCAUUACGGCUGGUGCCUACAACUCUCGGGAUUAGCGUUGAUGCUCGCGGAAGUGGCAGCCGUUUUAACAAUGUCCGGUUACAUGGCACGGUUCUCCACGGUCGAAGAGAUGGUGAGAGUUAUGGUCCCAGGUGCUGAAAGAAAGCUGAGAGAACAGAGAGGAUUUAGCUCAGAAUAUCUUGUGAGGGCACAUCAGAAAUCACCGGGACCGCCGCAGGCCCGACCUUUCGGUCAGCCAACCAAAACACCUCAAAAAAUAGCCGAAGAAGGAACUUCAUUGCUCUGCAAAUCGGCGCCUGAUAUUUGCGCGUCGAAUCCACAGGCCAUCAGUUAUGUCGAUAAGGCAGAUCUAUCGCACGUCCUGCCAGUCUACCCAGACGGCAAGAACAUCGACCCACGAUACAACAAUUUCGAUAAGUCAGAAGGCAACAUCAUAGAUUCUCGAUUGAGCGGCUUCACCGAUAAAGAAGGCUUCAUUGAUUCCCGAAUUCUGUCCGAUUCUAGACAAAACAUGAUCGCUUUUACGGAUAACAAGGAAUCUGACCAGGAACAGCGGUACACCGAAUUCUCCACGAGAAACACUGAUCAAAAUAUCGUAGAUUCCAGAUUGAGCGGCUUUGUCGAUAAAGAGGGUCUUCUCGAUUCUAGAUUGAGUGGCUAUGUCGAUAAGAAUGAAUCCUUACUGGAUACCCCGUUCGGUUUCGAUACUAGAUUCAAUAGUCUGGCUGGACAGACUGUCCCAAUCACGCUAAAGAAUCAGAAUGCCUCGGUAUCGGCUAUUCAAUCACAGUAUAUAUAUCAAAACUUUGGAACAAUACAUUCGGGCAUUCUUAAAGUAUCAGAACCUGGUACUAGCUCUAGUUCCAAUUCCAGUCAACGUAGCAUGACCUUACAAAAUCCAAAACGGAAGUCGCAAAUUGCUCAGAACACCUUUAGCACAAUGGAAUGUGAAAAGAGAAAGCGAGCGUCCGGGCUAACUGGCAAGGCGAGCUUUUACACUGGAAGUGCUGUAUGACCACCACCUCCACCUCCGACACCAAGGUAACUCCCAGAAGAGGACACCCCAUUGUAGCCGGAACUCAAUGCGACUUUCGAGUUGGGUCGGAGGAUAUUCAUCACUGAUCGCGCUUAAAGGGAGAGAAAAGAAUGAAUUUUUUACCAACUAAAGAUAACUCUGCCGUAUUCAUUAAAAUGCAUUUGUCGAUAAAUGGUACGUAAAAAAAACGCGUCAACUAUCAGCAUUGCAGGUUCCUACGAUGGAUUUAAACAAGCUGCCAAAAGGAUGCCAAUAUUAUAAUUAUGCGCGCAGUAGUAAUACGUUAAUUUAAGAGGAUGCUGGGGUGAUUAAAUUAUCGACACAUUACAGAUCAAUAAAAAUUUUCGAAUUUA